CAACCCCACCACCCUUUUAUUUGCCCUUUAUUUCCCUUUCCCUUUCCUUGCUUGUGAGUUCUGACCCAACAGAGGCCACCACGCCCAUACCAUCCCAAUAUUCUCUUCCUUUUGGUGGAAGAACCAAAACCACAUCCACAUUCAUUCACUCCACACUCACACACACACGCCUUUCCCUUGGUCACAGAGUGUGUUAGAUUAGAUUAGACCCUCUUAAACUCUCACUAUGACACUCACAUUCCCUCCUCCAAGAUCACCAUUCUUCAACACCCUUUUGUUCCUCUUCACUCUCCUCCCUUGCUACCUAUCUCUCCCUGACCCUGAUGCAGCAGCAGCAACAGUUCAGCCAAUCAUUCCAAAUCCAUCUUCAACAAUCCCUGCAUUCCCGGAACAAGCUGAUGUUGAAGGCUGCCCUCUUAACCUCUCAGAUGAGCACUAUGAAGGGAUAAAAAGAGCAUGUGGCUCCAACAAAGAUGCUGCAGAUACGGAACUCCACCGUAGUAGAUGCUGUCCUGUGCUGGCUGCAUGGCUCUACUCAGCAUACUCAGUCACUGCCCUUAGUGGUGGAAUGCAACGUGAACAUGCCACAUCCUAUGACAUGCCUUUACUUCCUGAUGAUUCUGAAACGUGUGUGAGUGACUUGAGGAAGGCCUUGAAAGUUAGAGGAAUUAACCUUGUUCAGCCCAAUGAGACUUGUGAUGUGGUCUAUUGCUACUGUGGCAUUAGGUUGCACCCUUUGACAUGUUCCGAGUCUUUUUCAGCUACUCCAAGUGGGAAAAUUGUUGUGGAUGAAAGUGUGAAGAGAUUGGAGAGGAAUUGCUUGAGUAGCAGCACCAAUGUUAAUAAGUUUCCUGGGUUGGGAGGAUGCUCCAAGUGCUUGCAUAGUCUCUAUUCUCUUAGAAAGAAGUCUUCAAAUUCAAGCAAGUCAGAAAAUAGGACCACCAAGAUCCAUAACAAAGACUGUGAACUCAUGGGCCUAACAUGGCUUCUGGCUAAGAAUAGAACGGCUUACAUUCACACAGUUUCUGGUGUUCUUCGUGCUUUGAUGUUGAGCACUGAAGGCUCUGACCCACAAUCAUGCACUCUAAACAGUGAUGGAAUGCCUCUUGCCGUUGAUUCCUCUGAAAUGUUAGAUCAAUCUUCAUCAACCAACCUCCAAGCACUUUCUUUGUUAUUUCUAUAUUUGCUACUAGGAGUUCAUUUCACUGUAUUAUUAUCAUCCACCUAACUCAAAUGAGAACAAAAAGAUUGAUCCCCAACAUGGCAUUUUGUAAAUUUGGAUCUGUGAUCUGGUGCUUAGGAGAGUAAGUUUUCUUGGGUGUUAAUUGAAAUUAGGUUCAUGUGUUUGAUACAAAAUUCAUAAUGGUUUUUAUUUUGGUGGACCUUCAUUGCCAUGUGAUAAUAGCGACCAGUGCUUGGUCUUGGAGGGACAAAUUUGGAUGUACAUUUCACUCGUUGUGGUGGCAUUAUUUUAGACAGUUGUAUGUUUCACGGGCGAUUUAUCACUUAGGGAACGUUUACUUCUUCACCACGAUGCU